UAUCACAGUAAAUAGAACUAUAUGAACUAAUGUCAUACCUGUCAACAUUCAGUUGGGCAGUAGAUUUUUAUAGUUCUGGGUUCUGAACUCUUGAAGUAAUACAUUCUCAUUAUUUAAGAAGUUAAUCCUAAGAUGCAUAUUUUUUUCCCCCUUUAAUAUCUCUGAAAUUGGGAUGUGUCUCAGUCAGUAUUUCCCAGGUGGCUGUCAUGGAGUCGUUGUCUGUGUGUACACAAAGUUAGUCAUGGUUCUUUAUCUUGCCAUCGCCUCAGUUGGGCUACGUAUAAUAGUACCACAUGUGUUUGUUAUUUAAAAUAUCUUUACAAAUAUACUCUGUUUUUCAGUAUUUAACCACAGAGGCAUUGAUUACGUAGAGAGGCACAGAAACAGAGUAGCAGAGCAUAAAUUUAAUAUUAGUGAAGCAAAUAUUUGUUGAAGAAAUGACAGCAAUUCCACAUUUACUUACAGAGCAACAAUCAAGUGCUUUAUGGACCAAGCAGAGUACCUCAAGGCAGAAGAAAUUGUCAGAUCCUUUGGAAUAAGACUAAGUCUAAAAACCUUUAAAAAGGUCAUUUCGUUCAUUAUAAAAUAAAAAUGUGAAGUGGUAUAGUGCCAUAGUUUAAUUGACGGCAUUUUUUUUUCUUCAUGUUAUAUCAGGAUUCUGACACUUCAUGACAUGUCAUUAUCUAGAGCAAUAAUGAACAUUGACCUGUUUCGGAUUAGUUGAUGACCUUUGGAAAUGAUCCAAUAGUAUCUACUACAGAGAAGCUGAAUAUACUUCAUUUGGAGUGAACAGCUCAGAUCGUCACUGGAUUUUUCAAGAUGACAGAUCCAAUGAUGGACUUUUUUGAUGAUGCCAAUCUUUUUGGUGAGACCUUAGAAGGUUUGUCAGAUGAUGCAUUUGUACAGCCAGGACCUGUUUCACUAGUCGAUGAAUUGAACCUGGGUGCAGAAUUUGAACCUUUGCACAUAGACUCACUCAACCAUGUUCAAGGUACUCCAACACAUCAGAAGAUAACUGAUUAUGAGCAGUUAAAUCAGUUUGAUUCAAUGAAAUUUCACCAGGUCAAUCAGCCUUUUGGUAGCCCAGCUGAACACGUGUUAUCUCCACACUCUCAGUUUAAUUGUUCUCCAAUCCAUCCCCCAAACCAACCCAAUGGUUUGUUUCCAGAUGUAGCAGAUGGCAGUCCAAUGUGGGGCCAUCAGACAGCUACCAGCAUUUCAAAUCAAAAUGGGUCUCCUUUCCACCAACAAGGACAUUCUCACCCUAUGCAUCCAAAUAAAAGCUUUGUGGUACACCAUGACUUUGCCUUAUUUCAGGCCAGUGAACAACAAACACAGUGCACUUCACUACGCUCACAGCAAAACAGAAACAGUCUUAACCCAGGGCAAAAUUCUCUUAGCCAGUCUAAAAAUUUUAUGGAUGUUAAUGUUUCUGGUCCACACAGAGUCAGUGUUAGCCACCCAUCACAAAUUACGAAUGCAUCUACGUCGCAACAGUCUCUUUCAAUGCAGCAAUUUUCUCAAACAUCAAAUCCUUCAGUACACUUCCUCAAGUGUAGCAAUCACCAAGAAGGGAAUUUUAAUGGACCUUCUCCAAAUAUGACUUCUUGUUCUGUCAGUAAUUCACAGCAGUUUUCUUCACAUUAUUCCUUUUCCAGUAAUCACGUCUCACCCAACAGUCUUCUGCAGUCCUCUGCUGUUCUUGCACCUAAUCAUACAAAUCAGGCUUUAUCAGAUUUUACUGGAAGUAAUUCCUUUUCACCUCAUAGGGGAAUCAAGCAAGACUCCACUCAGCAUAUGCUAAAUCCCAAUACAUCGUUGAAUUCAAGUAAUUUCCAAAUGUUGCAUUCAUCACAUCCUCAGGGUAAUUAUAGCAAUUCAAAAUUAUCUCCUGUGCACAUGAACUUCCCAGAUCCUGUUGACUCAGGAACUCAAAUGGGCCAUUUCAAUGAUCACGUAGAAACUAAUGGCUUUUCAUCUUUAGAAGAGAAUUUACUUCAUCAAGUAGAGUCUCAAACUGAGCCAUUCACGGGACUUGACCCAGAAGACCUCCUGCAGGAGGGUCUCCUUCCCCAGUUUGAUGAGGCAACAUUUGGACAGGAUCAUUCAAGUCAUGUUUUAGAUCAUGACCUUGAACGGCAGUUUACUUCACAUCUGGUAACUCGGCCUUCAGAGAUGGCUCAAACUCAGUUGCACAGUCCAGCUCGCAGUUGGCAUUCAUCACUUUCGAAUCAUCAGCAUUUACAUGACAGAAAUCGGCUAUAUUUACAGCGACAGCCUCCAUCUUCCAAGAAGAGUGACGGUUCUGGGACAUACACUAAGUUGCAGAAUACCCAGGUGAGGAUCAUGUCUGAGAAGAAACAGAGAAAAAAGGUGGAAUCAGAAAGCAAGCAAGAAAAGGCUAAUCGGAUAAUAUCAGAGGCCAUAGCAAAAGCAAAGGAGCGUGGGGAACGCAAUAUUCCACGAGUAAUGAGUCCUGAGAACUUUCCUAGUGCUUCAGUUGAAGGAAAAGAGGAAAAGAAAGGUAGACGGAUGAAAUCCAAGCCAAAGGACAAAGAGAGCAAAAAAACAAAAACUUGUUCAAAGUUGAAAGAGAAGACAAAAAUUGGCAAACUCAUUAUUACGUUGGGUAAGAAACAAAAAAGAAAGAAUGAGUCUUCAGAUGAAAUAUCUGAUACAGAGCAGAUGCCACAGCACACACUCAAAGAGGAAGACCCUCAAAAAAGAAGAUCAAAUCGUCAAAUUAAAAGAAAAAAAUAUGCGGAAGAUGCAGAAGGGAAACAAUCUGAAGAAGAGCUCAAAGGUUCUAUGAAAAUAAAAAAGAAUUCAGCUCCUUUACCUGGUGAACAGCCUUUACAGUUAUUUGUGGAGAAUCCAAGUGAAGAAGAUGCUGCAAUCGUGGAUAAAAUCCUGUCUUCUAGAAUUACAAAAAAGGAAGUAUCACCUGGAGUGAUGAUUGAUACAGAAGAAUUUUUUGUAAAAUACAAGAAUUACUCCUAUCUUCACUGUGAGUGGGCCACAGAACAGCAGCUUUUGAAAGAUAAAAGGAUCCAGCAGAAAAUCAAACGAUUCAAACUGAGACAAGCACAAAGAGCACAUUUUUUUGCAGACAUGGAAGAGGAACCAUUUAACCCAGACUACGUUGAAGUAGACAGAGUGUUAGAAGUCUCUUUUUGUGAAGAUAAAGACACUGGUGAGCCUGUUAUUUACUACUUAGUAAAGUGGUGCUCAUUACCGUAUGAAGAUAGUACUUGGGAACUAAAAGAAGAUGUAGAUCUAGCAAAAAUAGAAGAGUUUGAACAGUUACAAGCUUCAAGGCCUGACACAAGACAUUUGGAUCGUCCUCCCGCUAAUAUUUGGAAAAAAAUUGAUCAAUCCAGGGACUAUAAAAAUGGCAAUCAACUCAGGGAAUAUCAACUGGAAGGACUCAACUGGCUCUUAUUCAAUUGGUACAAUAGACGAAACUGCAUUUUAGCCGAUGAAAUGGGUCUUGGCAAAACCAUUCAGUCAAUUACAUUCCUCUACGAAAUCCUUCUGACUGGUAUAAGAGGACCUUUCCUGAUUAUCGCUCCACUUUCUACUAUUGCAAACUGGGAGAGAGAAUUCCGUACAUGGACUGAUAUUAAUGUUGUGGUUUACCAUGGGAGCCUGAUUAGCAGACAGAUGAUACAGCAAUAUGAGAUGUACUUCAGGGACUCACAGGGGCGUAUCAUUCGAGGAGCUUACAGAUUCCAAGCCAUCAUCACCACUUUUGAAAUGAUUCUUGGUGGCUGUGGAGAGCUAAAUGCAAUUGAAUGGCGAUGUGUGAUUAUUGAUGAAGCACAUAGGUUAAAGAAUAAAAAUUGUAAACUUCUUGAAGGUCUGAAACUCAUGAAUCUGGAACACAAGGUGCUUUUGACUGGUACACCUCUCCAAAAUACAGUUGAAGAACUAUUCAGUCUUCUUCACUUCCUAGAACCUUUAAGGUUUCCUUCUGAAUCAACAUUUAUGCAAGAAUUUGGGGAUCUGAAAACAGAAGAACAGGUGCAAAAACUUCAGGCUAUCCUGAAACCCAUGAUGUUGAGGCGAUUGAAAGAAGAUGUGGAGAAGAAGCUGGCACCAAAGGAAGAAACCAUCAUUGAAGUGGAACUUACUAACAUUCAAAAGAAAUACUACCGGGCUAUUUUGGAGAAGAACUUCUCCUUUUUAUCCAAAGGGGCAGGGCAGACCAAUGUACCUAACUUGGUCAAUACCAUGAUGGAGCUCAGGAAGUGCUGCAAUCAUCCAUAUCUUAUCAAAGGUGCUGAAGAGAAAAUACUUGGAGAAUUUAGGGAUACAUAUAAUCCAGCUGCUUCUGAUUUUCAUCUUCAAGCAAUGAUCCAGUCUGCUGGUAAACUGGUCCUUAUUGAUAAAUUGCUUCCCAAAAUGAAAGCUGGAGGUCAUAAAGUGCUCAUCUUCUCUCAGAUGGUACGCUGCCUUGACAUCCUAGAGGACUAUCUCAUUCAUAAAAGAUAUUUAUAUGAGCGAAUUGAUGGAAGAGUCAGAGGGAACCUGCGACAAGCUGCUAUAGAUCGAUUUAGUAAACCUGAUUCAGAUCGAUUUGUUUUCCUUCUGUGCACCCGAGCUGGUGGGUUGGGCAUCAACUUAACUGCUGCUGAUACAUGUAUAAUUUUUGAUUCUGAUUGGAACCCUCAGAAUGACCUGCAGGCCCAAGCUCGUUGCCACAGAAUCGGUCAGAAUAAAGCAGUUAAAGUCUACCGACUAGUAACUCGUAACUCCUAUGAGAGAGAGAUGUUUGACCGAGCCAGUCUGAAACUGGGUCUAGAUAAGGCUGUGUUACAGAGCAUGAGCGGAAGAGAAAGUAAUGUUGGUGGUAUUCAACAGCUUUCCAAAAAGGAAAUAGAAGAUCUGCUUCGAAGAGGUGCAUAUGGUGCUAUUAUGGAGGAAGAAGAUGAAGGCUCUAAAUUCUGUGAGGAGGAUAUCGAUCAGAUUUUACUACGUCGUACAAAAACUAUCACAAUUGAGUCAGAAGGACGUGGGUCAACAUUUGCCAAGGCAAGUUUUGUGGCAUCUGGAAAUCGGACAGAUAUUUCCUUAGAUGAUCCUAACUUCUGGCAGAAAUGGGCUAAAAAGGCAGAAAUAGAUAUAGAUGCCAUCAGUGGCAGAAACAGCUUGGUUAUUGACACUCCAAGAAUUAGGAAGCAAACAAGACCCUUUAGUGCCACAAAAGAUGAGUUGGCGGAAUUAUCUGAAGCCGAAAGUGAAGGGGAUGAAAAGCCCAAACUCCGGAGACCCUGUGAUCGUUCCAAUGGCUAUGGAAGAACUGAAUGCUUUAGAGUAGAGAAAAAUCUUCUAGUUUAUGGAUGGGGCCGAUGGAGAGAGAUUCUGUCUCAUGGUCGUUUUAAAAGGCAGCUGAAUGAGCAUGAUGUAGAAAUAAUUUGCCGAGCCCUCUUAGCUUAUUGCCUUGUUCACUACCGAGGAGAUGAGAAAAUUAAAGGCUUCAUAUGGGAUCUCAUUACUCCAACUGAAGAUGGGCAGACGCGAGAGCUACAAAAUCAUCUGGGCCUGUCAGCCCCAGUACCCAGGGGUCGAAAAGGGAAGAAAGUAAAGACUCAAACAAGCUCAUUUGAUAUACAGAAAGCAGAAUGGCUUCGAAAAUAUAAUCCUGAGCAGCUACUUCAAGAUGAAGGAUACAAAAAACAUAUAAAACACCACUGUAAUAAGGUUUUGCUUCGCGUAAGAAUGCUGUAUUAUCUAAAGCAAGAAGUCAUUGGAAAUGAGUGUCAGAAAGUAUUUGAUGGAGUUGAUGCAAGUGACAUUGAUGUUUGGGUCCCAGAACCAGACCACUCAGAAGUUCCUGCUGAAUGGUGGGAUUUUGACGCUGAUAAGUCCCUUCUUAUUGGAGUUUUUAAACAUGGUUAUGAAAAAUAUAACACUAUCCGAGCAGACCCAGCAUUAUGCUUCUUGGAAAGAGUGGGAAAACCUGAUGAGAAAGCAGUUGCUGCAGAACAGAGGGCAAAUGAUUAUAUGGAUGGGGAUGUGGAAGAUCCAGAAUACAAACCUGCUCCAGCUAUCUUUAAAGAUGAUAUGGAGGAUGAUGUUUCUUCACCAGGAGAUCUUGUUAUAGCAGAUGGAGAUGGUCAGCUGAUGGAGGGUGAUAAAAUUUAUUGGCCAACUCAAUCAGCUUUAACCACACGUUUGAGGCGUCUCAUCACUGCAUAUCAGCGUACUAAUAAAAACAGACAAAUCCAACAGAUACAGCCCACGUUCUCAGUGCCUGCCAGUGUCAUGCAGCCUCUUUAUGAAGAAGCCACUCUUAAUCCUAAAAUGGCAGCCAAGAUAGAAAGACAGCAGAGAUGGACAAGAAGAGAAGAAGCUGACUUUUAUAGAGUUGUGUCCACAUUUGGAGUGGUAUUUGAUCCUGACAGAGGCCAAUUUGACUGGACAAAAUUUAGAGCUAUGGCUAGGCUGCAUAAGAAAACUGAUGAUAGUUUGGAGAAGUAUUUGUAUGCAUUCAUGUCUAUGUGUCGGAGGGUUUGUCGUCUUCCUUCCAAAGAAGAAUUGGUGGAUCCAAAUAUUUUUAUCCAGCCAAUCACAGAAGAACGUGCUUCAAGGACUUUGUAUCGCAUUGAACUUCUAAGGAAAGUACGGGAACAGGCCCUCCGACAUCCACAAUUGUUUGAACGCUUGAAGCUUUGCCAUCCAAAUCCAGACCUACCAGUCUGGUGGGAAUGUGGCCCUCAUGAUAGGGACUUGCUCAUUGGAGCUGCGAAACAUGGGGUGAGCCGAACAGACUAUCACAUUCUUCGUGAUCCCGAACUCUCCUUUAUGGCAGCUCAAAGGAACUACAGUCAAAGUAAGAUGGCUCCUUCAAGGACUUCUACCCCACUUUUACAGCAAUAUCAAGUAGCACUUUCUGCUUCUCCUCUUACCUCUCUACCUAGGCUCCUAGAUGCUAAAGGUAUUAUUCUAGAGGAUAUGAAAGUUAAAAGUGAAAAUCUUAAAGAGGAGCCUCAGUCUUCUGAAGAAGAAUCUAUGUCUUCUGAGGAAACCAGGACACUAAUAAAGUCUGAGCCUGUAAGUCCAAAGAAUGGUGUUUUACCGCAGGCCACUGGAGACCAGAAAUCUGGUGGAAAAGGUGAAACAGACAGACGCAUGGUUGCAGCCAGAACAGAACCCCUAACUCCAAACCCAGCUUCUAAGAAACAGCGAGUCCACAAAAGAGGAUCCGAAUCUAGUUCUGAGUCUGACUCUGAUUCUGAGAGAUCAUCCUGUUCUUCCAGAUCAUCUUCUUCCUCGUCUUCCUCCUCCUCUUGUUCCGACUCUCGAUCAGGCUCUAGUUCCUCUUCAUCUUCCUCCUGUUCUUCAGCAUCGUCUUCAUCCUCAUCCUCAUCCUCUUCCUCAUCAUCCUCCUCCUCAUCUUCAUCAGAAGAAAGUGACAGUGAAGAAGAAGAAGUCCCAAAGCGAGCAGAAGGUACCCCUCACGUGAAAGCCUAUGAUGAAGAAAGUGUUGCGUCACUGAGCACUACCCAGGAUGAGACCCAAGAUAGCUUCCAGAUGAACAAUGGGACACCAGAGUCCGCUUAUAUCUUACAAGGAGGAUACAUGCUAGCAGCCUCAUAUUGGCCAAAGGAUCGUGUGAUGAUCAACCGGCUGGACAGUAUUUGUCAAACAGUUCUGAAAGGGAAGUGGCCUUCAGCUAGAAGAAGUUAUGAUGCCAACACAGUGGCCUCUUUCUAUACCACAAAACUGCUGGACAGCCCUGGCGCGGCUACAGAAUAUAGCGAACCCAGUGUACCCACACCCCCAGGCGCCGGUGUUAAAGAAGAACACGAUCAGUCAACACAGAUGUCAAAGGUGAAGAAGCAUGUACGAGAAAAGGAGUUUACAGUGAAAAUCAAAGACGAAGGUGGUUUGAAGUUGACGUUUCAGAAGCAAGGGCUUGCUCAGAAAAGACCGUUCGACAGCGAAGACAGUGCCCUGGGGCAGCAACAGUACCUUGCUCGGCUUCGGGAACUGCAGAGUGCGUCGGAGACCAGCCUCGCCACCUUUCCCAAAUCCGUGCCAGUAUCAGGUACUUCCGUUCAGUCAACCCUUGGUGCCAAUGGAGUUAGAUUAGACAACCAGCCUACAGUCAAAAAAAGGCGGGGAAGGAGGAAGAAUGUAGAAGGUGUUGACAUCCUCUUUUUUAACAGAAAUAAACCACCUAAUCAUGUAACUGUAGGCCUAACCAGCUCCCAGAUUUCUACAGGGAUAAAUCCAGCACUGUCCUACGCUCAGCCUCAAGGAAUUCCGGAUACAGAAAGUCCAGUUCCAGUUAUUAACCUGAAAGAUGGGACAAGACUUGCAGGCGAUGAUGCGCCAAAGAGAAAGGAUUUGGAAAAAUGGCUUAAGGAGCACCCAGGUUACGUGGAAGAUUUAGGAGCUUUUAUUCCUAGAAUGCAGCUCCAUGAGGGAAGGCCCAAACAAAAGAGGCAUCGGUGCAGAAACCCUAAUAAACUCGAUGUUAAUAGUCUUACUGGAGAAGAACGUGUUCAGCUGAUUAACAGAAGAAAUGCCAGAAAGGUUGGAGGUGCAUUUGCUCCCCCUUUAAAAGAUUUAUGUCGAUUCCUGAAAGAAAAUUCAGAAUAUGGCGUGGCUCCUGAAUGGGGAGAUGUUGUUAAGCAGUCUGGGUUUCUUCCAGAAAGUAUGUAUGAGCGUAUUCUCACUGGUCCCGUUGUGAGAGAGGAGGUCAGCAGGCGGGGGCGGCGGCCCAAAAGUGGAAUUGCGAAGGCCACGGCAGCGGCCACAGCUACAACUGCCAGCGGUGUUUCAGGCAAUCCUUUGUCGGCCAAUGGAUUACUUCCAGGUGUGGAUCUCACAACUCUUCAGGCCUUACAGCAAAACCUACAAAACUUGCAGUCACUGCAAGUGACUGCAGGGCUGAUGGGAAUGCCUGCUGGCCUUUCUUCUGGAGGAGAAGCUAAAAACGUGGCUGCCAUGUUCCCCAUGCUGCUGUCAGGAAUGACUGGAUUACCAAAUCUGUUGGGCAUGGGAGGGCUCCUGACAAAGCCUACCGAAUCUGGAACAGAGGAAAAAAAGGGAAAUGACCCUAAGGAGCUAGAAGGAAAAAAAGAAAGGACAGAGAGUCAAAAUUCAGAGAAUGGGGGAGAAAACUCUGUGUCAAGUUCUCCUUCGACAUCGUCUACUGCUGCAUUAAAUACAGCUGCAGCUGCCAACCCGUUAGCUCUUAACCCACUCCUACUCUCCAAUAUACUUUAUCCAGGGAUGCUUCUCACUCCAGGCCUUAAUCUUCAUAUUCCAACUUUGUCCCAGUCCAAUACUUUUGAUGUACAGAAAAACAAAAACAGUGACUUAGGCUCAUCUAAGUCCAUAGAAGUCAAGGAGGAGGAUUCCAGAGUUAGAGAUCAGGAAGACAAAGGAGGAACUGAACCCAGUCCUCUCAACGAAAACAGCACAGAUGAGGGUUCAGAGAAAGCCGAUGCUUCAUCUGGAUCUGAUAGUACAUCGUCAUCAUCCGAGGAUUCAGAUUCUAGUAAUGAAGACUGAUUCCCAGACUGCACUUAAAUUAUGAACUGAUUUUGGAUUUUUUUCUUUAAUUAUUAAUUGUAAAUACCCCAGUGUUGAGUGCAUCAAUAACUUACUGACCGAACAUUUCAGUUCUUUGUUUAGAAGUGCAAACUGCUUUCAGAGACGUUUUGCAUGUAAUAUUUCUUAAAAUUCCUAAGUUUCUGAACUCGUAUGUACUAUCAAAUACAUAAAGGUGUAAAAUUGCAACAAAAGGCAUUAUAAUUUUGUUGGGGGUUAAUUUUAUGAAAAUGAUACUCAAUAAGAGUUGUAUAUUUAAUAUAUUUGCAGUGAACACAGAAUACUUUAUGCAUAUUACUGAUUUAAUUUGAAUAUAGUUUUACAGCCUCCUUGACACCUAUAAUUUACAGAUCAAAACUCAGCAAUAAUUUGGGCAGCUAAUGAAUGUCAUGAAAGCUGUAGAAUCUACAUCGCCAUCCAUUGCUUUAAUUACAUGAAAAUGCUCUAGUGUUGUGACGCACUGCUGAUGCUUCCAAUUCAGGUACAAGUGUGUUUUCAAGAAGAAAUAAGUUUCCCAAUCAGCCAAUUUAACUGGCUACCUGUUACCUCAGCUGAGUUAGUUUAGGAAGUUUACAUUCGUUUCUAAUUCUAUACUUGUUUUCAGGGGUUUUUUAAACACAUCCUAUAUAUCAUGUUAAUCUGGCAAGAACUGUGACUUGCUUUUUGCUGAGCUUAACUCUGCUGUCGGUAAAAUCAAGUCAUAAAAUAAUCCUGUGUCACGUGACUUUGGCACCCUCUAGACAUACUUAGUUUCACUUUUUCCAAGUUUGGCCUCCUCUUAGAAAUAAUUAUGUCUCAGAUGAGUAAUGUCUGUUUCCAGGGUUCAGAAAAGGCAAACUCAUGAAAUGCCACUGAAAAGAACUUUCAACACAGCAUACUUCAUGUAAAAGAAAUUGUUUGUUUGCUUUAUUUGUGUAGAUUUCUAUUUGUGUUUUAUGUCAUGGAAAUAUUCCAGAAUUAACAGAGGAUAGUGGUAAAGUAAUAUGCAGAACAGUCUGAAUUCGUUUUGAGUUUCUAGGUAGAAGCAGAUGAAAUGUUGCCCAGAAUCAGUGUUGGGUUAUCAGUUUAUAUUAAAUAUACUGAGUUGGCCCAUUUUGAAUAUGCACUUUGAAUAAUCUCAAAAAAUAUAUACAAGUUAUACCUGUAAACCACAAAAACGAAGCCCAAGGCUUCUGAUCAAUUUCUUAGAACCCUUUAUCAUGCAAAAUCUGUCUGAUAUUUGAUUUGUGAUACAGUUUCUCCUGCUAAAGCUGCUAUUCCGACAAGAUGGAGAGGUCCAGUUUCACCUUCAUAUACAUUUAAAACAAUUAGAACUGAAUUGGAGUAAAAUAUCAUUUACAUCCUAAGGAGAGAAAGAUGUUAGCAUUUUCUGGUACUUGAAUAAGUCCAUGAUAAAGUUUGCGAGGGGAUAAAUUUAGGGGGGGGAAGUACCCCACUUCUCUCCCAGAGGAAAAAAAUAACUUUCAGUGCGUUUUGAUAAAACUCUGUUGUUUUGUCAUGAACCCAGCAAUUAUAUUGGAUUUUCCAAGAUCUUUACCAGUAAAUUGUUUCUGUGUGUAAAAUAACUAACCCCUUAUUAGAGCGACAGUGUUACACGUAUUUACAAAAUCAUAUAACUUCCAUUGGGAUUGUAUUGAUUUUUGUAUUUUCCCCAAAAUAGUGCUUUGAAUUGAUAGUCCUUUAUGCAAUGUCUUAGCAAUAGUCACUCUAAUGCCCAUCCAGGAGAAGUGGGUAGUAAUUCUUCAUCAUGAAAAUGAUAUAUUACAUAUUUAGUAUGUUCCCUUUGCAGUAUUGCACUUUUGUUUAACUAGAAUACACCUAUGAGAUAGCCAAAGUUUCUCAAACACAGUUAACCUGGUUUGCCGGUGAAAGUAUUUCAACAGCAUCCACAUUUCCCCCUCUCUCCCUCUAGUUCUACCCACAUGAUCUUUAUUCCUUUCUUUCCCCAAUUAAAAAAUAAAAGGAAAAAAAAAAAAGCCCUAGAUCUUAUCACUAAAAAUCUAAUUUAUAUCAAAUUUAUGAGAUAAAGUAUUUUCCUAAUUACGGUCAAAUGAAUUUGGUUAACAUCUUAGUGAUUCUCUUUCUAUGUAAUAAGGCAAUUUGCAGUUUUCAAAGCAUUAAUACUAACUUUAAAUGUUCUCUUGGGUUUCAAGACACUUCUACUUAGUAUUGAUUGGGGAAAAGUCGUCCAGCUAUCAGCUUAACAAAAAAAUGCAUAAAUAUGGUUGUGUAAAGUUAAGGGUUAUAAGGAAAAAAAAAAAUCAGUAGAAUUCCAUAAUACUAAAGUUGCAGUUGAAAGGAUAUCCAAGUAUGUGUUGGUAGUUACUAAAAGAAUUAUAGCUGUUAUUGCCUUGUAUUUAUAGCUCUUGUUUCAGGUUUCAUGAUUCAAGUCUUAGUCUAAUUUUUCUUUUGGACAUUUGCAAUAUUUACCAGUUGUGUUUUGUGUAGUCUGAAUUUGCUUUCUGUAGUUGAGCAAACGUCUUAAAAAGUCAUUUGUAAUUUAUUAAAUUACUUUCUAUGAUGUUCUAUAGAGCAAAUGGAAGUUUAAUUAUUUUUUAUUAAACAUAUUCUUUGACUACC